GUAGUUAGCUGCAUCGUAUGGGUCGGUUGUGGUGGCAUUGUGGGCAAAAACAAGAUAAAAACAUGCCAAACGUGUACGUGCGAAAAAAUUUCAAUAAUCGAGGAAGUUGGACAGAGGACAACCUGAAACAUGCCAUGGCAGCAGUCAAAGAUGGUUUAAUGUCCGUUGGAAGAGCUUCUUUAUCAUUUCAAAUUCCUCGCAAGACCUUGGAAAGAAGGCUUAAACAUAAUAACGAUAAAAAAGGGAAGCUGGGCCCUGAUUCUUGGUUGGUACUUUCAGUGAGAUCAGAUAGAAUCUUAGAAAAUAUUGGUGAUGACCGAGUUGAUGAGCCAGCUUUGAUAAAUGAAGACAGCGAUAAUAGUUCAACCGCUAUUAAAAACCUUGCCGAGAAUAACAUUCAACCAGAAGGGACUUGUCAAAAUCUGGAAACAGAAGUAACCCCUAUUAGAAAAAUGCUGGCAGAUAUAUCGCCCGUGCCUAGAUUAAGUGUUGAAGCUGCAAAAAGACGGUCCAGAUCAGUUGCUUCAGAGUUGACUUGUACCUCAAAAAUUGGGUGCUGUCGGGAGAAGUUCAAAAAGAGGAAAGUAGGAAAAGGCGAGGAACAAAAAGAAACCAAGAAAAGAAAAACUGAUGAUAAACCUAAAGUCAGUAGAACCAAGGAAAGAAAGAUUAACAGCUGUUUUACAGAAUCUGACGAAGAACCAGUCGCUAAUCGUCUGAGCAAAGAAAACAAAAAAAUAGAAAAAAAACAACCUGAAUGA